AUGGGCUCUGUAAUUCAGGAAAAUAAGACCGCCCUUAUUACCGGUGCUGCAUCGGGAGUGGGAUUCGCAAUUGCGAAACUCUGUCGCAGCAAAGGGAUGAACCUGGCCCUGCUGGACAUUGACCAGACCAACCUGGUCAAAGCAAAGGGUGUCCUACACGACAUCAACCCAAGACUCCUGACGGAGGCAUAUGUGAUUGACGUCGCCGAAAUUGAGAUCUGGAAAGCAACUGCGAAGCAAAUUGCUACGCUCUUCCCAUCGAUCGACCUAGUGGUGCUGAAUGCCGGCAAGGGAUAUAAGCCGCAGGGACAGGAAUCCGGUCGCUUAAAUCCCUGGUUAGAUGGCGAUUAUUGGCAAAAAACAUUCGACACAAACGUCCGCGGCCCACUUAACGGACUAGAAGCUCUUCUCCCCAUCCUCCGCGCUCCUGAAACACCAUCCCCGAAAUCAAUCGUCAUCACAGGCUCAAAGCAAGGCAUCACCAAUCCCCCCGGCGCAGGAAACCCAGCCUAUAACGCGUCCAAAGCGGCAAUCAAGAAUUUAGCCGAACAUCUCGCCCAUGAUCUACGCUCCGAUCCAGCAACCACGCAUAUCUCAGCCCAUCUGUUAAUCCCCGGGUGGACCUGGACGGGGUUGAUGGGUAACGUGGGCCCCACCAACGAGGGAGAAAUUCAGAAGCCAGCUGGUGCAUGGUACCCUAGUCAGGUAGCAGAGGAACUGCUAAAGGGACUGGAAUCUGGAUCAUUUUAUAUCAUUUGCCCGGAUGGCGAGACGACUCCGGCGUUGGAUCAGGCGCGUAUGAAAUGGGCCAGUGACGAUGUGAUUGAAGGGCGAGCGGCACUUUCGCGUUGGGAUGAGAAGUGGAAGGGUCGGGCUGAAGAGGCUAUUCAGGCUGAUGCUAAAGCGCGGAGUAGCUAG